CAACUGUCUUGGGAUAUUCCAACUUUAUUGGACAGGGAUACACAAUGGAGAUCUACUCAUUAACUGCAUGGGUAGUGACAAUCUUGUACGUUUUUGCUACAUCCUCUGCACAAGGAAUUUGCCAUCAUGGCAGAAGGAGCCACAAUGCAGGUUUCAGUGGAAAGAUGGAAGGCAGCCAUCAUCUGCACUGUUGUGGAAAUGUGUCGUACAAGAUCUCAGAAAGUUCCUGCUGCAAUGGUAAUUUAACUAACGGGUUAAGCCAGCUGGUUUCUGACUGCUGUGAUUCUGUAGCUUACAAUCCCCUUAAUGAGAUUUGCUGUGGUGGCAGGAUUCUGACUCAAAGCAGCACUCAUGCAAAAUGCUGUGGCAAAGUCCUGUACCUGACAACAACUCAUUUGUGUUGUGGUGGCAACAACAUAUUUCAAAGGAAGGAAAAUCUUUUUUGCUGUGGCAAGGAAACGUAUGACAUGACAACCCACUGCUGCUGUAUUAAUCUUGCACUAGAAGUAAAGCCAAAAAAUGAAACUUGCUGUCCAAAAGUAACAGAUACUGAUAAAAGAAGAGAAUCCCAGCAAGGCUCUCUUCCCACCAGCAAACUCUCCAGAAACUUAGAAUCCAAGUGUGGAACAAAACCCUACAAUCCCAAUAAAAAAAUAUGUUGCUCAGGGAAUCUCUAUGAGAAGGCUUCAGCACUUACUAAGUGCUGUGGCACAGAUGUCUACACUCUGUUAGAUGACAAUGUGCUGUGCUGUAAUGGAAUUCUUCAUCUCAAUGUGCCUGAGCAGUCAGAGUGUGUUGGAGGUGUUAUAUAUGCUCCACCAAACACUUUUUGCCAAAUGCCUGCCCGACCCCGUCUUGGUGAGCACUGCUGUGGAGAACAAACCUUCAAUCCUCGUACACAUAUUUGCUGUAAUGGACACAGUUGCAGGGAUGAGUGGUUGGAGAAAGCUGACGGAAAGAUGAAAAGUACUCUGAAAGGCAGCCAGACAACGAUUUUUCAUUGUUGGUCGACACCAGGCAAAAAAAGAUAAAUCCUGACCAAACGGAGGUACCCCUAUUGCUGAGAUAGAGACAUGAAAAGUGGGGCGCGACAAACAGGUUUUGUGCCCAUCUUUUUAAUUCCUUUAUUUAUUGACCAUACACUCAAAACAAAACAAAGACAAAGGCGACCAUUAUUGAUCGUAGUAUCACUUUAUGGUUCCCAUGGAGACACGCCAUUCAUUGCUUGUCACACCGCAGCCACAAUAGCGCUGAAUGACUGAUGAUCUGCUUUUAUUUCCUUUUUUAUUCAAAAUUUCACAAAUUUUUUAGCUCUAGCAUGAUAUUCCGAUAUGUGCAUGUGUAAGUGUUUCAUUGUUCAAACACCUUUAUAUAGAUCGCGUUAGUUUAGCUGUUGGCGCAACGUAUUUUAGGAAACGUAAUCUAUCUUAUUAAAAUACCUAAAACAAAUAAAAAUAAGUACAUUAUUAGGAAUUUACCAACUCCGGUAUUUUUUUCAUCAAUAAAUGCUUAUGUAUAGCCCUAUGCAACAAUUACAUAUGUAAAUGUAAAAAAAAAAAUAUAAUUAUGACAUGACAUGACAUAUUUACAUUUUAAUGUAACAGCCAGUAUUUCUGUUUGUAACAGUCACAACAUUUUUCAUAUCUGCUUUCGGAUAUGUUGUACAGUUGCUUCAUAAGACCAUUAUGAUUUUUUUUUCCCGUAGUUAUCACUGAACAAGUAUGUCAUGUUAAACUAAAAUAAUUAUAAAUUUCUCAAAUAAUAUUUAUCAUGCAAGCAGAGAGAACUCAUGACAAACGUUUAGUGAUCAUUUGAACACGACUGAAUCGAUUUCAAUUCAAUGCGCACAUUUUCAUUACGCAGAACUCUUUAAGCAAGUCUAUAAUGUUUAGUGAACUUUUAAACAAAUGCGCGUGUGCCAGGCAAACCAGCAAAAGGUAAAGAUGCAAACAUGUAGGACAAGUAGAAAAUGUAUCCAUAUCUAAGCCAAGCUCUUGAGAGAGAACUUGUUUGGUUUUUGAGACUGAGAGGUGCAACGCGGCUGUUUGAUUGGUGAGCGUACUGUGCUUUCAUAUCGUAGCCUAAGCUUUAAAUCAUUGCCUUUUAAAUAUUUACAAAUAAUAUAACGUGUAUGAUGUAUUAUUAUAGGUGAAAUUACUCUUACAAAGCUCUGAUUUCUGAGAGAUGCACGGAGAGGCAACAGCAAUGCAGUGUUUGAUUUGCGCUCCUUUCAUUCAUAAAGUUUACAUUCAUUCACUUCACACUCGUGACUUUAGAGGUCUUUGUAUAAUAUUACGCUGAUCCCCUGGCUCAGCUGUUAUCUAGCAAACACCGUGUAUCAGAUUCAGCUGAGUACUCAGGCAGAAUUAUUCCUUGUCUGUUAUUAAUUUUUGAAGGCAUUGUACGUGCCAUUCCGAAUAAGGUAUUCGGCUUCAGGCACAACCCUAAUUAUUACAUUACAUAUUAUAUGUUUACAUGCAAGAUAGAUAAGGUCAUAGAAAGUAACAGCUCCACACUCCAGAUUGUUUCUGACAGUGCCAACUACUAUGCAAGCCCUAGUACAUCAUUACAAAAAUUUCACUGUAUUUAUGUGCGCAUGCCCAGUAGAGCCAAACGUAUCCCUUCUAACCUUAACCGCACGCAUUUGUCAUAUCCCGAACUUUGCGUGUGUGCACUGCACCAAGGCACCAGUCAUUUUAAUUUUUGACCACAGACAUAAUGUCAGCAAUAGCAGCAUUAUAAAGUAAAUAAAAUGUAAAUAAAGUACAUAGAAAUAAUUUGACCCUACAGCAAGAGCUGCUCGAUUAUGGCAAAAAUCAUAAUCACGAUUAUUUUGGUCAAUAUUGUAAUUGCGAUUAUUUAACCUGAUCAUGAGGGGGCCAUAUGACCAAGACUUUAUCUAUUUUUUUUAUAUAUUUAAAGAUAGUGACAUAUAUCAAAUAUGUAUUUCCUGUAAAUAAGGUUGCUACAAUCAUUAUAUCUGCACUGUUUACUUCACUGGUUUGCACUCUAUCUACCAUGUGCAGCUUUACUUAUCUUUCUUUUUACAUGAACUAUUUGUAUAGUUGUACUUUAUAUUUUAUUAUCUGUUUUAUGUUCUACUGUUAGUGUUAUCUGUAUGCACCAAGGCUCUGAGAGUAACACAAUUUCAAUUCUCUGCAUUUAUGUACUGUACAUGUGGAAGAAUUGACAAUAAAGCAGAGUUGACUUGACUUGCUAUGACAUCUACAUUCUAGAGACCAGCGGAAUUUCAAACAAACAAAAAGUCCUCAAAAUUUUUGAAAAUAAUUAAACUGUCAGUAAUAAAAAAGCAAAGGAACAAAUACAAUAGCAUAAAAAGAUACAAAUUAAACCAACUGUGCUUUAAUGUUUUUUAUGCAAAUCUCAAGCAGUAUGUUUAUUUCAUUUAUUCACUAUACCAUUUAUUAUGAAUGUCUUAUUUCAGUUUAAGUUUGGCUUUAGUUUUGUAUUUAUUGCCGUUUAUAUGAAAAGGUUCAUGUAGCAUUGUACAACCUACUGUAGAAAUGAAUAAUCAAAUCUAAAAUAAAAUAUAGCCUACUGCCACUUUAAGAGCCGCACAGAUCCAAAUUAUUGUUACAUGUGUAUUUUUAUUCUCAACUCUUUACAUUCAUUACAUGACCGACAAAUGUAUACAUGAAUAAUUGCCAAGCACAGCAUUUUGACACAUUUUUGCAUGUACUUGACCAAUAGGCGCUAAAAGAUUACAAUGUCCGUGUUCUGUUCUGUCUCUGAGAACUUAUAUCUUCCUGAGGAGCAGCACAAGUUCUCUUUCACGCUUUUAAAAACAUGAAUAAAUGUACUUCGAUAAUUCAAAUGUCCCAUUUUGCAAAUGUCACGUUACAUGAUUUUACUGAUUUGCACGGGGCUUUUAUGGAGAAACGAAAGUGCAGCACUGCAAAAGUGGGGGGAAUGGGGCACAAUAAUAGUUUUAUCUCGAUUAUUGGAUUUUCGUAAUCGUUGGAGGCCAAAAUCAAAAUUUAACCGUUUUUUCGAUUAAUUGCACAGCCCUACCUACUGCUCCUAACUCGGUUCUAGAGGGCCAGUGUCCUUUAGAGUUUAGCUCCAACCCUAAAUAAACACAAUUGAACCAGCUAAUCAAGCUCUAACUAGACACACUAGAAACUUCCAGAUAGGUUUGUUAAGGCCAGUUGAAGCUAAACUUUUUCAGGGCAUUGGCCCUCCAGGAUCUAGUUUGGAGACCCCUGUCAUACAGUUGUUACUUUGCACAUGCUUUUUGAUCAUUACAAAUAAUAGUGUAAAAUGAUUUUCUUAGAUUAGGAGAUAUGCUGUCUCUCGCAUCACAUACAUUAUCAGUAGUUAGUUAUGUGGUCUUGAAGAGGAUUUUUUCUCUCUCAAUUGGACUUGGUCUUGACUUGGACUCGAAACUUUGUACUUGACUUGGACUCAAACCUCUUCGGACUCGGUCUCGACUAGUCCUGGUCUUGGACUUAACUUGGACUCGACAAAGCUGGACUUGACUACAUCUCUAGUUACCAGUAUGCGAUAAGUGGGCCAUGUCAACCAGACCUUGACCAUUGAUCUUAAUAACACAACCACUAUAAUUUCUAUAUAUUAUAACAUAUUUGUCAAAAUGAAAGAUCAUUUCAUUAGGGGGAAACUUAAAGGUGCUGUAGGGAACUUUUGUAAAAAAAUAUAUUUUUACAUAUUUGUUAAACCUGUCAUUAUGUCCUGACAGUAGAAUAUGAGACAGAUAAUCUGUGAAAAAAAUCAAGCUCCUCUGGCUCCUCCCAGUGGUCCUAUUGCCAUUUGCAGAAACUCGAUCGCUCCCGGUAAAAAAUAACCAAUCAGAGCUGCGGUCCGUAACUUUGUUUGUGUUCAAAAUGUAGAUAAAUGUAUAUAAUAAGCGAGUACACCAUGAAUCCAUUGUCCAAACCAUUCUUUAAUCACGUGACAGGCCCAUAAGCUGAACCAUGCAGUCCGAGCCGGAAAGAGAAUUGAUUAGUUCAUCUCAUGAGUCUUUCGGGUCGAGUCGUUCCAUAAUCACCUGACACUCCCAUACGCUAAAACCAAUGCAGUUCGAGCCGGAAAGAUAAUUGAUUAGUUCAUCUCAUGAGUCUUCGGGUCGAGUAAUUCCUUAAUCACCUGACAGACCCAUACGCUAUUUCUGUCAUUUCUGUCACUGUGUUUUUGUUACCGUUUCUUCAGGAUCUGUGGUGUGUUAUUAUUUUAUAAAUAAAUAAAACCCUGUUAUUAAUAUUGAUUAAGGAACAACUCAACCCGAAGACUCAUGAGAUUAACUAAUCAAUUAUCUUUCCGGCUUAUAUUGCAUUGGGUUUAGCGUAUGGGUAUGUCACGUGAUUAAGGAAUGAGUCAAAAACCCGAUUGACCCGAACUAUGAACUAAUCAAUUCUCUUUCUGGCCCAAGACUGCAUUGACUGACACAGCUGAAUUACUGCUAGCUGAAUAUUACAUAUAGAAUAUUGCGCAUGCGCGAUUGAACGACUCAUCCCCCGAGAUGACUCAUUCUUCCCGAGUCACAUUAAAGACUUGUUCAAAAUGAACGAAUUGUUCAAGUACGACAUCACUACUCAGAACAGUUCUGGUGAUGUUGUUUAUGUAUUUAUGUUCUCAUUACUGUAAGCGUCACGCACUUCAGUCUAUGUAGUAUACAAAAGUGCAUGUCUCUGCCAUUCAUUCAUUUACACAGAGAUGCGCAGAGAAUGCAGGGUUCAUAUUUCAACUAGCUUUUGCGGCUUAACAUUUACAGAUACUGGUCCAUAUGGACAUUUGAUGUGAUUAAUUUAUGCUUUGACAAAUUCCAUGACUGUCCAUAUUAAAAUGUAGGUUUCAUUUUCAUGACUGGAUUUUGAGAUUCAGUCCACGUUUUCUGCUUCUCGUAAAUCAUAGCGUUGUAUGUGUCAAGAACCGGGUUGACAGAAACCUGGUAUCGUGACAAAUUUUUUUUUAGCACCGACUUGGUACCGAAGUACCGAGUCUUUUGACAACACUAGUCUCUACCCAUGCUGUCUUGGCAAAUGAGGCUUUGUCUGUAACUGGAAAUUCAAGUCUAACUGAUACGUGCAAAGACAUCAUAGGAACAUGCUUGCUGGCACUACAUUUCUCAUAGAAGACUUAUUCACAUGGCACACCUUUAGAGCAGGAGUAUCUCAGUCAUUAGGGUCACCGCAUAAACCCUCAAGAAAUUUUAAAACCACUAACAACCUGAAAAAACUUCCAUGGGCAAUUUCUGUGUUGGUUGUUGAAUGACUUUUCUCUCCAACUUAUUUCUAUUUAGCCACAACAAGAUGAAUGGCAAUUUUUGUUGUGGUUCAGAAGUCUAUGACCACCACAACCAGUUGUUAAAAUGCUGCUCAGGUCAUCUCUACAAACUUACACGUCUAAGUGGGGAAUGCUGUGGAAACCAUCUGCUGGAAUAUU